AUGCGAGAAUACCGCGCAUCCCCGCGUACGGCCAAUCGCCACGAGGCUGCUCCGCGGGCGCAGCCAAUGGUGAAGAGGAGCGCUUCGCCGUCCUCCCGACUCUCCCGCUUCCUGCAAUCCAGCUUGUCUUCCUACUUGGAGCUCACUGAGGCCAGGGUCAAGCGCGGGCGCUGGAAGGCGGGAUUUCCGUCGCACUCACCCACGCCCCCACUCCCACGGGAGACUGCCCGGCCCCGAGCGCUCUUAAUCACGCGGCGGCUGGUCGCGCUCACACCAACUGGAGCUAUCCAGGGCGCGGGUCGAGUGGCGCGACCAGCUGCCCUGGGGAUGAGAACGGAUCUUUGUGUGGGGGAGCCAUGGGAUGCAGAGAGCAGCAAGGCCCAGGAGCCAGGACCUCAGGACCCAGCAGAGGCCAGACAUGGGCAGAAAUCCCUGCCGCCGCAGCUGUGGGCAGGUGGGCAGGUCAAGGGACCUGUGGGCUUUGGUACUUGUGUGGCCCUGGUUACGCCUCCUCUGGCUCAGUCACACAGCUACCUGGUAGGUGACUGGAGGUGUAUAGUUGUCCUCGCCUGGAUUGUGCUGAUGUGGCCCCAACCCCACCGCCCUACCCAUCCCAUGAUGUCCGAAGAAACCCCACAGAUCAAAUUGGCCAAGGCCAAGGAAAAGUUGAGAGACUCUCAUCCCCAGGCCAACCCUCGUGUUGGUACAGGAGCAAGCGACACCAAAAAGAAGAACAUAAAUAAUGGCGCUAACCCUGAGACAACCACUUCUGGUGGUUGCCACUCACCAGAGGAUGAAACGAAGGCAAGCCACCAACAUCAGGAUGCCCUAAGGAGGGAGCUAGAGGCCCAGGUUCAUACCACACAAAUCCUUACAUUUCAGAAAACGGAGCUUCAGACGGCACUCUAUUACAGCCAGCAUGCUGUCCAGCAGUUGCAAGGAGAGACCAGGGAUCUGGUGUGCCGCCUCCAUGAAUCAUGGAAGUUUUCCAGAGAAUUAGAGUGGGCCCUCUCUGCUAUCACUACACAGAAGAGGAAGGCAGACAGGUACAUCGAGGAGUUAACGAAGGAGAGGGACGCCCUGAGUCUGGAACUGUACAGGAACACCAUAAUCGAUGAGGAGCUGAAGCAGAAAAAUAUCAAACUCCAAGAAAAACUUCAACUCCAAGAGACUCAAAAGUCUGAGAUCCAGCUCAACGUAAAGGAGCUAGAAAGGAAGCUGGAGAGGGCCAAGCUCCUGCUGCCACAGCAGCACCUGCAGGCGGAGGCUGACCACCUGGGUAAGGAGCUUCAGAGUGUGUCAGCAAAGCUCCAAGCCCAGGUGGAAGAGAACAAGUUGUGGAACCGCCUGUACCAGCAACAGGAAGAGAAGAUGUGGAGGCAGGAGGAGAAGAUACAGGAGCAGGAGGAGAAGAUACGGGAGCAGGAGGAGAAGAUACGGGAGCAGGAGAAGAAGAGGCAGGAGCAGGAGGAGAAGAUGUGGAGGCAGGAGGAGAAUAUACGGGAGCAGGAGGAGAAGAUACGGGAGCAGGAGAAGAAGAGGCAGGAGCAGGAGGAGAAGAUUUGGAGGCAGGAGGAGAAGAUACACGAGCAGGAAGAGAAGAUACGGGAGCAGGAAAAGAAGAGGCAGGAGCAGGAGGAGAAGAUGUGGAGGCAGGAGGAGAAGAUACAGGAGCAGGAGCAGAAGAUACGGGAGCAGGAGGAGAAAAUACAGGAGCAGGAGGAGACGUGGAGGCAGGAGGAGAAGAUACAGGAGCAGGAGAAGAAUAUGCACAAUCAGGAGGAGAAGAUACGGGAGCAGGAAGAGAAGAUGUGGAGGCAGGAGGAGAAGAUUUGGAGGCAGGAGGAGAAGAUGCACGAGCAGGAGAAGAUACAGGAGCAGGAGAAGAAGAGGCAGGAGCAGGAAGAGAAGAUGUGGGAGCAGGAGGAGAAGAUUUGGAGGCAGGAGGAGAAGAUACAGGAGCAGGAGCAGAAGAUACGGGAGCAGGAGAAGAAGAGGCAGGAGCAGGAGGAGAAGAUUUGGAGGCAGGAGGAGAAGAUACACGAGCAGGAGGAGAAGAUACAGGAGCAGGAGCAGAAGAUACGGGAGCAGGAGGAGAAGAUACAGGAGCAGGAGGAGAAGAGGCGGGAGCAGGAGGAGAAGAUGUGGAGGCAGGAGGAGAAGAUACAGGAGCAGGAGCAGAAGAUACGGGAGCAGGAGGAGAAGAUACAGGAGCAGGAGGAGAUGUGGAGGCAGGAGGAGAAGAUACAGGAGCAGGAGGAGAAUAUGCACAAUCAGGAUGAGAAGAUACGGGAGCAGGAGGAGAAGAUACACGAGCAGGAGGAGAAUAUACGAGAGCAGGAGAAGAAGAGGCAGGAGCAGGAGGAGAAGAUGCGCAGGCAGGAGGAGAAAAUGUGGAGCCAGGAGGAGAAGAUACGGGAGCAGGAGGAGAAGAUACGGGAGCAGGAGCAGAAGAUAUGGAGGCAGGAGGAGAAGAUACGGGAGCAGAAGGAGAUGAUGCAGGAGCAGGAGGAGAAGAUGUGUGAGCAGGAGGAGAAGCUGUGUGAGCAGGAGAAGAAGAUGCGGGAGCAGGAGGAGAAGAUGUGGAGGCAGGAGAAGAAGCUACGGGAGCAGGAAGAAAAGAUGUGGAGGCAGGAGGAAAAGAUACGGGAGCAGGAGAAGAAGAUCUGGGAGAAGGAGGAGAUGAUGCAGGAGCAGGAGGAGAAGAUGUGGGAGCAGGAGGAGAAGAUGUGUGAGCAGGAGGAGAAGAUGCAGAGGCAGGAGGAGAAGAUGCGGGAGCAGGAAAUGAGGCUGUGGCAGCAGGAGGAGAAGAUGCGGGAGCAGGAGGUGAGGCUGCAGGAAUAG